AUGGCAGCUUUACCCACUGUAACUUCAUCGGUUUCCUACGAUUUGGGCAACUACACAACGAAUGGUACCAAUUCAACUGAUAGUUUUUGUCAAGGACCCGGUAAAUCCUUUAUUUCCUGUUGGCUGUUGAUGAUGCUUGUAAUAGUUGUUUUAAUCGGUGAAAGUAUAUUUCAUGAUGAUACUAGUACUGUUACAAAAGGCAGGAGUAACGAUAUUGAAGAACAAGUGGGUUCCUGUUCCACACAGAAUUGUAAUUCAGAGUAUGUCGAGAGGUUUGAAAUGCACAGUUUAGAGAAUCUGAGUUACAACGAAGACGAGGAUGGUGACCUCAGCACCGUACCUCCAUAUACUGAAAGAAGGGAUAAUGAGGAUUUAGGAUAUGUCGAUGGAAAUGGAGUUUAUUAUGUUCGUUACGAUGCAUAUCUCGAUGAAUUUAUUAGAUUGAGUGGUAUUGGUCUCGAAGAAGAAGUAUCUGGUGAAUUAGCUGUCACUUUGAAUAAUGUUGAACCUGUUAGAAACUCCGAAAAUGACAAAUUCAGUCUGAGUUACGAUGAGGAAGUAAAGGCAUUAUCUACAAUGCUUAAUGAUUCACAAGAGGAGGAAAGUAACAUUUUCCCAAUCCAAGCAGAAACUGGUAGAAUUGAAGAUCUUGGCUCCAGUUAUGAAAUGCUCUCAGAAGAUAUGGCCACAGCGACACCCGUGGUUGAUUAUUCUGACUAG